UAGAACGAGGAUAGUUUGGUAAUUUUGCAGAGCAUUCCCCAAAGCAAAAGUAAGUCUCUUCGAACACCACAUUCCACAAAUAUCAGGAGCCGCGGCCAUUGUGAAUAUUUUGCGGGAAAGGAUUGGCGGUAUCCAUUUUGAGUCGAGAGAUGAAUACGCUUCAAAACUAUCUCUCCUUACCCUUCUUCCCUUCCAUUUCUUCUUCAUUUUCAUCUUUUCGUCGGAACCAAAUUGUUCGGAGAAACCCACAAUUCGUGGUGCGAGCAAGCGCUAAGAGGAUAUCAUUCGGUAAAGAGUGCAGAGAAACUUUACAAGCUGGAAUUGAUAAACUCGCUGAUGCCGUUUCUCUUACCGUAGGACCUAAAGGACGGAAUGUUAUUCUUUCUGAUGAUGGAAAGCUUAAAGUAAUUAAUGACGGUGUUACAAUUGCUCGAUCCAUAGAGCUUUCUGAUGCAAUUGAGAAUGCAGGUGCCAUGCUAAUUCAAGAGGUUGCAAGUAAAAUGAAUGAUUUGGCUGGUGAUGGUACCAGCACUGCAAUUAUUUUGGCUCGUGCCAUGAUUAAAUCUGGACUAUUAGCAGUUGCAUUUGGGGCCAAUCCUAUUGCUUUGAAGAAAGGGAUGGAAAAGACUGUAAAAGAAUUGGUGAAAUUCUUGAAGAAGAGAAGUAUUCCUGUUGAAGGAAGGGACCAUAUCAAAGCUGUUGCCACGAUUUCUGCUGGAAAUGAUGAGUAUGUUGGUAAUUUGAUUGCUGAAGCUAUAGAGAAGAUUGGAUAUGAUGGGGUAAUUACCAUUGAGUCAUCCUCAUCAUCUGAAACCUCUGUGGUAAUUGAAGAAGGAAUGAAGAUUGAUAGGGGUUACAUGUCACCUCACUUCAUCACCAACCAGGCAAAAUCCAUUGUGGAAUUUGACAAUGCUAAAGUUUUGGUAACUGAUCAAAAGAUUUCAAGUGUCAAAGAAAUAGUUCCUUUGCUGGAAAAGGCUAUGCAGUUGAGUGCCCCGCUCUUAAUUAUUGCUGAGGAGGUCUCGGCACAAGUAUUGGAAACAUUAAUAGUGAACAAAAUGCAAGGAUUACUACGAGUUGCAGCUGUAAAAUGUCCAGGAUUUGGAGAUGCAAAGAAAGCCUUCUUACAAGAUAUUGCGCUCAUGACGGGUGCGGAUUUUCUUUGUGGAGAUUUGGGUCUCACACUUGAAGGUACAACAUCAGACCAGCUUGGUACUGCAAUGAAAGUGACAAUGACCAGUAAUUCAACAACUAUAUUUGCUGAUCCAAGUACUAAGGCUGAAAUUCAGGCUAGAAUUUUACAGAUUAAGAAGGGCCUUAUUGAAACAGACAAUGCAAACCAUUCGAGAAACCUCUCAGAGAGAAUUGCAAAACUCACUGCUGGUAUAGCUGUUAUAAAGGUAGGUGCACACACUGAGCUAGAACUUGAGGAUAGGAAACUGAGGAUUGAGGAUGCCAAGAAUGCUACUUUUGCUGCCAUAAAUGAGGGACUGGUUCCUGGCGGGGGUGCCACAUAUGUCCACCUUUUGGACUUGAUACCUUCCAUAAAGAACUCCAUGGAAGAUCUAGAUGAGCAAAUUGGUGCUGAUAUUGUGGCGAAGGCACUUAUUGAACCUGCUAAAUCAAUUGCAACUAAUGCUGGAGUUGAUGGAGAUAUUGUUGUUGAAAAGACUAGAACAUUUGACUGGAGAACCGGAUACAAUGCCAUGACUGGCACAUAUGAAGAUCUUUUGAAUGCUGGAGUAGCAGAUCCUAGUCGAGUUGCGAGAUGUGCUCUUCAAAGUGCAGUCUCCAUUGCUGGUGUGGUUCUAACUACUCAAGCUAUAAUGGUUGAAAAAGUAAGAAAACCCAAGCCAAUUGUACCUCUGGUCCCUGGUAUAUCUCCCUAAAAUAGAGAAAACAAUUACAGUUUUGAAAAACAGAGUUGGUCUUCUUCACUGAUGAAUUGAUUGAGUCAGCUUGUGAAUGUCCCUUGGCUUGAUUAGUACUUGGGAAGCAACAAGAAUGCUAUUAUGAAUGGAGAAGUUAGGGGUUCUGCUUCUUACUCUUAAUGAAGUGAUAGGAACAAUUAUACAACUGGUGAAGUUCAAAGAAUAGUGUUACGUUUCUUUCUUCAUUUUAUCGAUUCAUUUUACAGAUGAUAGUUUUGUUCCAUACAAGAUAGAACCUGUAUCUGAUAUUGUCAAAAGAUUGUAAAUAAUAAACUCCAUUUUGGAUGUUUGAAGUGUGCCUGUGUCAUGGGAUUUGAUCUUUUAUAUCCCUGCCUGGAAAUUCGGACACUAAUAUCUUGACUCUCAAGGUACUGAGAUCUAUUUAAGGAUCUAACAUCUCCCAAUAGAUGCUAUUCUAAACACCAGCCUAUGCUAUUCCUUGUGGUCAUGAGAUCUGCUUAUACAGGUACACUUGCAACAGGAUUACUUUUAGAAUAGGCUCUCCUACUACGCUGACUUGUGUCUUCAUUGAAUCAGUGUGUAGUUACCAAGAGUAAUAUUAUUCCAGAUUAUACAAACUGUAAUGUCUGGAAGAGUAAUUGAGUAUCAAAUGUCAAAAUAAGCUUAAGCCAAGUCAAAAAUUGCUUUAUGGAAAAACUUUUCAAACAUUCUGGUGUGUUGUCUUGUGUAGGUUGUAUGUGCUAUGUGGACUGUGGUUAUGCUAUUUUGUGGAAGUUGAGAUGUCUUUCUCCCUUAUUAUGUAGUACAAAGUAGGAAAUGAUUAGCCAAUGGAACUCCCUUGACUUAAA